UACCAGGUCAACGAAGCCGCCUUCCAGACUGAGUAUCAGCACCUAUUUCCGUCGCGCAGAAUUUUGGGGGAGCGUGGUCGUGACCCUGAUCGUGACGGACGCGACGGCAGACGCGACGGCCGCCGGCAAGUUCGCUUCGAGGACGAGGGCAACGCGGACGGCGAGCUCGACGAGUUCCUUGAUGCGCUCGGAAAUGAGGAACAGUUGCCGGACGAACAGGAAGACGAGACGAUGGUCGGUCGAGAGCUAAGAGAUCUUCAAGUACGGAGCCAAGUUCCGGAGAACGAAGAGUCCGACAACCUUGUUGAGCCUCCUCCCGAGCUGCGCCGAGAGCUCUAUCGGAUCCACCGGAACCUUGGACACCCCGAUGACCAGACCUUCUGCCGAGCUCUGAGACAUGCGGGUGUCAAGCUGGACAUCAUCAAAUGGGUGAAGAAGAAGCCGGGGACACACCGACCGGCACAUCUCAGCCGCCAGAUGGAGUUUAAUGCCGUGGUGGGCAUCGACCUGGCGGUGCUUGGAGGAUGGCACAAGUUCUUUGGACCUCCGGCCAUGGUGGUUGUGGACCAGGGGAAGGAGUUUGCUUCUCGAACGUUCUCCGAGGCCAUCGGCGCGCCCCUGAAGACCGUCAUCAACAAGAUCUUGGACGAACGCACCGCCUGCUCCCCUGAAGAAUUCUCAAUGGCUGUAGAUGCUGCCGUAUGGACGCCGUACGCACUACUUUCGGAUGAUGCCAUGGACCACGACCUGGUGAACCACGUGCACUCCGAUGACAUGCGCAAGGCCCAGGCGGUACGCAACAAAACUCUUCAAGCGUGGGCCGGGACACAAGACGAGUCGGCGAUCAAGAGAGCCGUUUCUACGAGGACGCGGACCACUGACCAAAAGGAGCUGGUCAAUGGUGACACGGUCUACGUGUGGAGACACACGGUGGACUACGUUGGAUGGGUUGGACCGGGCGUGGUGGUCAACCAGACCGACAAUG